AUAAUCGAUAACGAUGGAGGACGCCUCAGGGAAGAUUUCUUCAUCAUCAUCAACUUUACCCUUCAAAUCGAAGAAAACUUUGCGUUCCAACUCCAAAUCCUUGUUUGAAGAUCAACAAUCUUUGAGCUCCAAGACGCCGGAGAAGCCGGCGGAGCUCUCUACCAGAACUAGGAACCGCAGGGUUGCGCUUUCAAUCAAAGAGGUUAGGCGAGCUGCUCGGGGUGUUGGUGAAUCUAAUCGUCAGCCGUCUCGUGAUCUGAGUACUGAAGGGAGUAAAUCGGUUAGAAGACAGAUAGAUUCGUGGCAGAAUGAAAGUCAAUCUACUAGAUCCAAGACUCCUGUUGAUAAGUCUAGGAAAUUGCCUGAGAAAUUUGAGAUGUUGUGUAAGUUCUUUGAUAGUUUGGAUUCUGCUAUGCGGUUGUUACGAUUUAAAGGUGUAGCUUCCAACUUCUCUAAUGUAUCCCCUAAGAUUGAAGUCCUCACUGAGAGGAGGUUUUCGUAUGGUCAUUUGGCUCAAUUGAAGUUUAUUUUACCUGAAGCAAUUGUGCUCAAGAAGGUCCUGGUCUAUGAUGAGCGGACCUGCUGUAUGAAGCCUGAUCUUCACAUAUCUUUCAAUUUUGGCGUCCUAGAGAGUCAGGAGGAUCAGUAUAUGCAACUCAGGAAGUUGUUUAGGGCACGGCUUUCAGAAUUUGAGAGUUCUCAUCCAGAGACUGAUGAUGUUCCAAAGGACUUGCUGCCGAAUCCAUUCAAUUUUCGAAGUCAAGAACUUUUCCCAAAAACCAACUCGUUUUCUUCUGACAAGACAGCAACUGAGCAACUGGCUCCUAAGCAACCAAUGUCAUCAACAGAAGGGAUUCCCUUUAAUCAUCAUUCAGAAGAAAAUCAAGGUUUCCGGAUAAUUAAAUCUACCAUGACUGUUCCUGGCCGAAGUCACCAGAAGGAAUUAUUAGGAUUAUCUCAUUUUUCACCAUCUUUUAGCCGGCGUUUCUCUCAAAAUGUUGUUGACAGAGAAAUGGCAAAAACUGACCAAGCUGCAAAGCCUUCUGACCAAACUUCAUCUUAUGUCGAUGCUGAGAUGGAUAUCGAUACUGAAUCUUGUGAUGCAGUAUCUUCAACUAAGCCUUCCUCCCCAGUUAAACUACCUUCCAACUCAACUUGCAAUGUACAUUGUCUUGAAAACUAUGCUUCUCCCGUUCGUUCUUCAGCAUUGCCCCUUCCCACAACUCCCAGUAAUAUGGUAGGGAGAGUAACCAUGACAAAAGAAGAUGACCAAUCUGCAAAAAUUAGUGAUAUUGAUUCAACUCCUGCAAAGCUUGUUUCAACCCCAGCUCGGCUAAUGGCUAGCACACCUGCAAUGGCCCCACCAAAACGAAGUUCCAUGACUCCAGAUGACGAUUCUUCUUUCUCAACAAACAAGUUGGUCAGACGUCCUCCCCGUUCGAGAUCGCUUGUAUUUGACACUCCCACAAAGGAAGAUAGAAAUAAGGAUGAAACAGAUGUUUCACUCGAUGAUGACAUUCUAGAUGUUCUAACUCCGAGCCUUGUGCAAUCGAUCAGAGAGAAAGAAAGGAAGAUAAAAGAAGAACAAAUGCCAGCAAUAACACAGGCUAAGCGACGACAGAAAAUGAUUGCUAACCUGCCAAAACUAUUCAAUGCUAUCUUUUUCUUGUUCCACAAGCGUACAGUUAUUACAAGGGAGGAGCUAAUUUACAAAGUAAUCGUUGGCAGUGUCGAUAUCACCGACAGAAGAGAAAUUGAAGAGCAGCUAGAUUUGAUGUUCGAACUAGUUCCCGAAUGGAUUUCUCAGAAGCCAGCAUCCAGUGGCGAUGUGCUAGUUUGCAUCAAUAAAUUGUCGAAUGCCGAAUCGGUACGUGUUCGGCUUGAAGAAGCUAAGUGAAGAAAGGAGCUGAGAAGUUGAUCCACUUUUUUUCCUCAGCAUCCAACUUCGUAGAAACAAUUGAAAUGGCAAAGCUCAUAGCUUUCUAUAAUGUAAAUUAACCAAAAACGAAAAAAAUACCAAAGUUCUAACUGAAUGAGCACCUUUUUGUUUUGAUUGAUCGCUGCCCUUGUCCUUGAUGGAGCCUAUUAGUGUCAGUCAACUUAUUACCAUUUUUUUCCAGAUAUACUAUAGAUAAUAACAAGAAUUCCUUCCAAGUUUCAACUUUAUUACAUUUUUUUAAUCUUUUAAAUAGAUUCCAAUUUGUAGUAAGAAUCUAGGUAUUGCAAAACCAAAACAUGAUGUAAUGUCUAUUGUAUACACUGUAAGGUUACGAGAUCUAGAUGAAGAAACUUGAGUUUUUUGUAUGGAUGACUCAAAUUUCAUGUCCAAUAUAUCC